CAUUAGUACUCAGGUAAUCUAUUCUAUUCCUGAUCAAAUAACUCUGUUGAAACCACUGACAUACGAACAUAUAAUAUACAUUUAUCAAAAAAUUAUGUAAUAUUAUUUAACUUGCAGCGUAUAAAUAAUAGAUUUUGUUUCAUUGAAAGUUGAAACCUGGACCAGGAAGAAGGUUACAGGUAUUUAAACACAAUUUAUAAAUAAAUGCCGCCUGUUAGACAUGGUGCCAUAAUGAUUUUACUAUAAUGCGACCGUUAUUAGAGUACAGAUAAUGAAAUAGUAUGCCACGCAAACAAAAUGUCAUAAAAAAACUACAAGAAAAAUCGUUAGAAAAUGAGGGUAGGCCGCUUUAUUUUGAAUAUAUAUUCGAGAAAUGAAGGUAGUAAUAAAUUUUUGAAACUAAUUUAACCUUUUAGUGCUUCAUUCAGCGACUUGAAUUCAACGAGGCACAUUACUAGUUAUCUCUUCUUAAUCUAUUACUAAGUAUUAAAAAAAGAAGAAUGUCUGACUUUGAGUCUUCAGAUUCCGAGUAUGAAACGGACCUAGAUGUUUACUCGAGUGGUCCAGGAUUACCGUUUAAUCCGAGUAUGAUCGAAGACCUAAUUCUGUCGAUCACAGAUAAGUUUAAUUUUCGCGUGGUGAUGAGCGAUAGAAGAGUUAAGAACGCGGUGCUGGUGACCACUGGUCUUUCAGUCGCUGGAGCGUUAAUUGGAAAAUAUUAUGGUGGGAAGACAGGUGCUGUUGUUGGGGGUGCCGUCGGUGGCGCGUGCGGGCUUGGAGUUGUUGCAGUCACCAUGAGAGAAAUCUGGCAAGAGAUAAAGGGGAAACUGCCUGAACUAUAUGAAAUAGUCUAUGACUACCUAGCUGGUCUAGGUUUUGAUGAUUACCAAAGAGCAAUGAAGUUUGUUUUUCAGCAUAGUGGUGCUACUACUCAAUUAGGUAUGCUCAUAUUGCAGAUCACUUCUGAUACUUUAGGUAAAAAGAUUAUUUCUAGCUUAACAGCUGUUUAGUAUUACAUGUUAGCUUUGAUAGUUUACAACCAAGGAUUUUGUGUUAUUGAUAUAUUAUGAUUGUUAAUGCUACUAUAUAAUUGAAGUUAAGAAUUAUAUUAAAAUCAAUGUAUCUAAGAUAGGUAUUUUUUAGAUGAAUGACCAUGACAUACAAAACAAUUAGAAUAGUUUUUUUUGUAUUUGAAUAUUUUAAAUUUAUUAAUUGACUGUUGUUUUUUCUAUUGAACAUUUCUAGAUCUGUCUUUUCUUCUUUCCAUUGUUUACUGUUAAAAUUUAAAAAUUAUUAAUUAUUUCUGUUUUUAUUAUUAACUUUAUUUGAUUUUAU